AUGCUUGUGGACAGAGUGGCGGCCGGCCGAAUUGUAGCAAGUUUAAUCAUCCUUCAGUUGUCUGGGGCAACCAAGAAAGGGGCAGAGAAGCAAACCACCUCAGAAACCCAGAAGUCAGUGCAGUGUGGAACUUGGACGAAACAUGCGGAGGGAGGUGUCUUUACCUCUCCCAACUACCCCGGCAAGUACCCCCCGGACCGAGAAUGCAUCUACAUCAUAGAAGCGGCCCCAAGACAGUGCAUUGAACUUUACUUUGACGAAAAGUACUCUAUUGAACCGUCUUGGGAGUGCAAAUUUGAUCAUAUUGAAGUUCGAGAUGGACCUUUUGGGUUUUCUCCAAUAAUUGGACGCUUUUGUGGACAACAGAAUCCACCUACAAUAAAAUCCAGUGGAAGAUUUCUAUGGAUUAAAUUUUUUGCUGAUGGGGAGCUGGAAUCCAUGGGAUUUUCAGCCCGAUACAAUUUCACGCCUGAUCCUGACUUUAAGGACCUUGGCGUUUUGAAACCAUUACCAGUGUGUGAGUUUGAGAUGGGCGGUCCUGAAGGAAUUGUGGAAUCUGUACAAAUUAUGAAGGAAGGCAAAGCUUCUGCUAGCGAGGCCGUUGAUUGCAAGUGGUACAUCCGAGCACCGCCACGGUCCAAGAUCUACUUGCGCUUCUUGGACUACGAGAUGCAGAACUCGAACGAGUGCAAGAGGAACUUCGUGGCCGUCUACGACGGCGGCAGCGCCGUGGAGGACCUGAAGGCCAAGUUCUGCAGCACCGUGGCCAACGACGUGAUGCUGCGCACGGGCCUGGGGGUGGUGCGCAUGUGGGCCGACGAGGGCAGCCGCGGCAGCCGCUUCCAGAUGCUCUUCACCUCCUUCCACGAACCUCCCUGCGAGGGCAACACGUUCUUCUGCCACAGCAACAUGUGCAUCAACAGCUCGCUGGUGUGCAACGGGCUGCAGAACUGCGUGUACCCCUGGGACGAAAGCCACUGCAAAGAAAAGAGGAAAACCAGCCUGCUGGACCAGCUGACCAACACCAGCGGGACGGUCAUCGGCGUCGCCUCCUGCGUCGUCAUCCUCCUCCUGGUCGUCUCGGUCAUCGUGCAGAUCAAGCAGCCCCGCAAGAAGUACGUCCAGAGGAAGCCGGACUUGGACCAGACGGCCUUCCAGGAGGUGUUCGAGCCCCCGCACUACGAGCUGUGCACUCUGCGGGGGACGGGGGCCACGGCCGACUUCGGCGACGUGGCCGACGACUUCGACAGCUUCCACAAACCGCGGAGGCCCUCGUCCAAGUGCACCCACGACCAUCACUGUGGAUCCCAGCUGUCCAGCGCCAAGGGCAGCCGCUCCAACCUCAGCACAAGGGACGCGUCCGUCCUGGCCGAGCUGCCGCCGCCCGUCAAGGCCCUGGGCCCGCCCGCGAGCCGGAGGAACAUCCUGGUCAUGAAACACAGCUACGCGCAGGACGCCGCGGACGCCGGCGACAUCGACGAGAUCGAGGAGGUGCCCACCACCAGCCACCGGCUGUCGCGGCACGAGAAGGCCGUCCAGCGGUUCUGCCUCGUCGGGUCGCUGAGCAAGCAGGAGUCCGAGUACAACACCACCAGGGUCUGACGGGGAGCCCCAGAGAAGAACUAUUUAUACAAACACGGGGACUGUGCAAAGGAAAUUCUGUACUGACUUGUGGAAAGUGGACAUGUUUCUAAACCCAUUCCACUGCCUUUACCCAAACUUAAGAAUUCCAGACAUUUGUUAUUUCUUCGGCAAGACAUCCCCGCCGCACAAUGACAUGUCCAUUUCGUAAUUUGGUUGCUGGCCACCAAGUGCUCCUUAGUAUCUAAAUACAUUUUGAGAUUUUCUGGAAACUUGAAGAAGAAAUCAGUUCCUGAAUCAGACUCUCCCCACUUCACUUUUUCCCU